AUGAAGCAUAUCAUCGAUCCUGCCACCGGUUUAUGCGAAAUAUGUCAACGACAUGAAAUUAAUGCUAUAAAAAAUCAACCAAAAGCACCGAAAAAAGCGGCACCAAACUUUUAUCGUGUAUCUGCUGAUGACAAUGAUUUUGACGACGUUUAUCAUCAACCACCGCUACAAUCGCAAAUACCUACCGAAACAAGACGCACUACUACAACAACUAUUCAACAACAGCAACAUCACCCAUCACUACAAACACAAAUACCUGCCGAAACAAGACGCACUAAUAUAACAACUAUUCAACAACAGCAGCAUCAACCAUCGCUACAAUCACAAAUGCCUACCGAAACAAGACGCACUAAUAUAACAACUAUUCAACAACAGCAACAUCCACCGCCUCCAGUAGUUAAAGUUCAGACCAUCAGAAAUCCAAAUGCCACCGAGACAAAGCGAACAACAACCAUUCAAGAACAUCCGACUGAUCCAAAUCAAAAACCCACAGAAACGGUUCAAGUUCAUACUAUUCAACAUCCAAAUGCUAUUGAGACAAUCACUGUCACCGAGACAAAAUUGCCACCAGUUCGAUAUACGGAAACGAUUACUACUGAAACACUUCGUUCUUCGAAUAAUACGCCUCCACAAAUUCAAAUUACUCGUCCAACACCACCACAUUCAUCCACUUCAAAAACAACGACAACACUCUAUAAUACAUCACAGGAGCCGAAUAAUUAUGUUAUCAAUGUUCCAGAACAACCACCAUCAACACCAUUUAUUAUCGAGCAGCCACUAGAAACACAAACUGAAACUGUCGUGUUAAAUCCGUCUAAUCUGCAACCAAAACCAAAAACGUUUAACAUAUUUCGUCGAGAAAGAACAAGGGAGGAGCCAAUCGUCGUUACUACUCCACCAUCACCACCACUCGUUAUAAGAACGCCCGAGCCGACAUAUAAUGAUACACGGAUAUACACUCAACGAGACGAGACACCCCCACAAAACGUUAUCAUUCGGGUUCCUUCUGCACAACCAUCAACCAAAAGAGUUAUUAUAAGACAACCCGAACCAGUUCAACCAACAACAACAUACAUUCGUGAACCACCAGUAGUUCAACCUCCGACAAUAAUACAGGUACAAAAACCCAGAACUCCUCCAACACGUAUCAUUCAAGUUCGAGAACAAACGCCGCCUACUCGAACAAUAAUUGAAAGACCAGACACAAGUACAAGAACAACAAUUAUUGAUGAUCGUGCUAUGGUUGAUAGACGUGAUCAAGUUAUCAUAGAUGAUCGUCGUCAACUUGUUAAUUCCAAUUACGAUGAAUAUUACUAUAAUAAUCGGAGAGGUCGAACAACAAAUAUGUGUGGUGAUUGUGGUAAUUGCGAUUGUUUUGGAGAUUGUUUUAGAAGUUGUGGAAAUUGUUGUAAAAUGAAUAGUUUUUCACGACGAAAAGAUGUUGUUUCAUACAAAACAAGAAUAACAAAAGAUGGAAGAAGAGUUCGCUAUAGGAAUGCAGAUGUGCCUGGUUAUCGAUGUUGUAAUUGCUGUACGGGAUGGUGCGCAAGAUUUUGUCCAUGUUUAUCAUGCCUGGAAUGGUUUUGUGCAUGUCCAUGUUGGCUUUGGCUAUGUUGUUUAUUACCACUGUUACUUGGUUUACUUGGGCUUUCAAUUGGAUUACUCACACAACUUCCAUCCAUCAAUUCGAAUAAAGUCCAAUACAAUGAUAUCUACGUAACGCAAUCGUACAAUGCCGUCUAUGCAGUAUUAGGUCAAAAUGCAAUAUGUCAACCGGACAGAAACUUUCCGGGUACACCACUUUAUUGUGAUCAAACAACAACACGAUUACUAUUGACUGCUACAGCUUCAUCGAGUACUGUCAGUGCUAUGAUAAAAGAUCGACGCAUUCUUUAUGCCCUUGGCACAAGUGCAUUGCUCGGUGUAGUUUGUGCUGUAUGGUAUCGAAUGCGUCGGAAAGGACUGUCUUCUCAUUUCGUUUCGUCUGAUCAUUUGGUAUUGGAGAUUCAAGUUCCCCACUACUGUGUUGGUGGUUUUAUUGGAAAAAGUGGAGAAAACAUCAAAAAGUUUCAACAACAGUUUUCUGUUCGAUGUGUAUUUGUGAAAGACGAAAAAAACCUGACAGAACAAGAGCAAAAGAAUAAUAAUAACACGACAAACAAAUAUCGAACACUAGUCAUUCGUGGUCACCGAAACAAUGUGUACGAAGCAGAAGUUGAAAUACGACGAAUGAUUGCCGAUAUGCCCGAAUAUAAAGAAAUUGAAUUAUUCAUACCAGAAAAAUCAUGUGGUUACAUCAUAGGAAAAGGUGGUGCUUGUAUCAGAGAAAUUCGUGAAACUACUGGUGCACGACUUAAUUUUGAUAAAAAAAUUAUUGAUAAUCUUGAAAAUACAGUUUACAAUCGUUUAGUAAUAUAUGGUACAAAUGAUCAGAUAACAACAGCUAAAACGUUGAUAGAGGCAAGAUUAGAAGAAUUAAAAGAAAAGCAGAAACAAAAAGAAGCAAAAUCAAACAGCGAACAAAAAACAUUAGAGACUGUUAUGAACGAUACAUCACCUAUUCACAUAAACAAUGAUUGUUGUUUUCAAUCAUUAUCUGAAUUGAAAUAUAAACAGAUGUUAUUUGAUGAAAAUGAGAUUAUGGUCGAUAUAUAUGUAUCUUCGGUUGUAAAUCCAAAUUCAUUCUCGGUGCAACGAAUAAGUACAAUUAAUCAAUUAGAUGAAUUAAACAAAAGAAUGUCAGAUUAUUAUCAUAAUAGUACCUGUGAUGAAGAUAUGAUUAAUAUAGAUGAAUUAAAACCCGGUUUAUGUGUAGCGGCAUUAUUUGAGAAACAUGAUCAAAAAUGGUAUCGUGGUAUUGUACAUCGAAUUGAAAACAAUACUAUUGAUGUUGAAUUUGUUGAUUAUGGAGAUGGUGAUGAUAUGGAAAUCACUGUAUUAAGAAAAUUAAAACCAGAAUUUUUUGAUUUACCAAUACAAGCUGUAGAAUGUUCAUUACAAGAUAUCAUUCCAAGUGACAAUACGAGCAAUAAUGAUGAUACGUACUCCGAAGAAGCUAUAGGCUGGUUCAGUAAACAGUGUCACGUUGCCGAACGGACGAUCAAGUUAGAAAUGCUCAUUAUACGUCGAGAUCAUGAUAACAUUCGUAAUCGUACAAAAUAUUAUGUUUGUUUAAUGGACAGAAAUCAGGAACAGUCAAUAAAUUUUGGUUUAGAACUGGUCGAUAGAAAAUAUGCUGCAUUACAACAGCCUGACGGUUGGAAUAUUAAACAAUAA